AUGGUGAUGAUGAUGUUGCAAACUGUAAAGAGACCGAUUAUUCCUAUCAUCCUCAAGUGGUGUCAACCGGUGUUUCGUGAGGUGGGAAUUUGGAGCUGUGGAGGAAAGAUGAACUGCAGAGGUGUGUGCUGCAACCGUUGGUCAUCUGAGGAGAGGCUGGACAACAAAACAGUCAUCAUUACUGGAGCGAACACUGGCAUAGGCAAGGAAACAGCCAAAGACUUGGCAGCAAGAGGUGCCCGCAUCAUUAUGGCAUGCAGGGACCUAGAAAGAGCAGAGGAGGCGAGAUCGGAGAUUUUGGAAGAAACCGGUAAUGAGAACUUGGUUGUCAGGAAACUAGAUCUUUCUGACAGCAGGUCCAUUCGAGCUUUCGCUGAGCUCAUCAUUAAAGAGGAGAAACACGUCAACAUUUUGAUCAACAACGCUGGCAUCAUGAUGUGUCCAUACUCCAAGACCGCUGAUGGCUUUGAAAUGCAAUUUGGAGUCAACCAUUUGGGUCACUUCCUGUUGACGUACCUGCUGCUGGACCUGAUCAAGUUUUCAGCUCCCGCUAGGAUCGUCGUUGUAGCAUCGGUGGCACAUACCUGGACCGGCCUUCGACUGGAUGAUCUGAACAGUGAGAGCAGCUAUGACACCAUGAAGGCCUAUGGGCAGAGCAAACUAGCCAAUGUGCUCUUUGCGCGAGCUCUUGCCUCAAAGUUAACAGGAUCAGGCGUAAGUGUUUUCUCGCUCCACCCCGGUGUGGUACAGUCGGACCUGUGGAGGCACCAACACCAGUGUAUCCAGGUGGCCGUGAAGAUCUUCAGGAUCUUCACGAAGACAACAGUGGAGGGGGCUCAGACCACCAUCUACUGUGCUGUGCAGCCUGGCCUAGAGAGCCAGAGUGGAUCCUACUUCAGUGACUGCGCCCCUGCGAGGUGCUCCAGAAGUGCCUCAGAUGAUGAUUUGGCUAAGAAGCUGUGGGAAAGAAGCUGCAACAUGCUUGGCAUCACCUGGCAAUGA